AUGGCGUCGCAACUGCUCCCUCUGGAACUUAUCGACAAAUGUGUUGGAUCGAGGAUCUGGGUUGUCAUGAAGGGUGACAAGGAAUUCAGCGGCACGCUCCUGGGUUUCGAUGACUACGUCAACAUGGUGUUGGAGGACGUGACAGAAUUCGACUACUCUGGCAACCACACAAAGCUUCCCAAGAUCCUGCUGAACGGCAACAACAUUUGCAUGGUACCUCAUUCCUGGAGGAGAGGGUCCGGUGACCGCAUGAAGAAGUUUGGACAAGGGUCGCAUUUGAGCAGAGGCAGCCGCUCUUCAAGAUCAUAG